AUGUAUCCGGUCUACAACAACGAAAUGGAGCACUUGGCUCCUGAGUGCUACUCAGACCAGGACCUUGAAGCUGAUAGUGAUGUCCAGCAGGACCUUCAGCCGAUUCAGGCGUGCCGUGCAAUGCGACAUGGCAUGAUUGCUAUGGCAGUAUUUGCUUUGGUUGGCAUCGCUUGCUUAAAUUUCAGCAGCCAGGCUUCUCACUCCGCCUUGAAGGAUGUGCAGGUGAAAGCUGGACUCUACAGCAACGGAGCCUUCAACCAAUUGCCAGAAGCAACAGCGGCGUCUCCGGCACCUGCAGCACCCGCAGCACCCGCAGCAGCCCCUGUGGCGCCCGCAGCGCCGGUGCCUGCUGUUCCUGCUGUUGGUGCUGAACCUGCCUCGAAGCCUGUGGUGCUCAACCCACAGAUUAACAGCGUGAAUGACCUGACGGGUGGAAACGGCGUCAAGGUGAGUGCUGCCUCUUCCAAUCCAAUGGCCCCAGAUGAGAACAUGGCAGAUGGCAAUGAAUGCUGUGACGACGAAGAGAAGUUCGAGAAGCUGUGCUACAAGAAGUUUGGGAGAAAGACACCGAUCUUGCUCGACACGCUGAAUGAGUCGCAGGUGCAAGACAUACUUCGGAAUCUGUCUGAGGAUGAUACCAACUGGUACUUUGUGCCUCUACUUGAAGAAAGUGACACGGAUUUAUCAAGAUAUUCGCCACAGGUGAAGCGGCAGCUGGGAAAACUUGGCUCCUACAUCUAUGGUCCCAGCACGAUCUACAGUGGUCACUGCCCUGCUUAUGGCGAACACGAGAACGCCACCCAACGCCACCACGAAGGCAUGAAAGACAUGAUUGAGUCACGUUUCGGAUGGCUUCUGGACACAGUGCGGAGGAAGCUGGCAGAGGAGGUCUCAGAUCCUGUGGAAUGGAUGUCAUAUCCAUAUAUCAAGAUGCACCGGGGUGAUUCCUUGGACGCUUUGCCCUCCGAGUUUCGAGACUUGGCGCUGAAAGUGGCGCCGCCCCACCGUGACCAGCAAUUCAUGUCCUACGUCCCCAAAGAGCAGCAGCCCUUUGCGCAGACUUUGACCUUCACACUGCCCAUCCAAGUGCCCAGUGGUGGUGCAGGUUUGCGCUGCUUCGAUGCUUUUCUGGACAAGCCCAGCGGGAAGCUGCUCAGCCAACAGGGCCAAGAGCUUCCAAGAACUGGACAAGCAUAUCAGCAGCUCGUGAGCCACUUGCCCUAUGAAGAUGUCGUUUACCUUCCUGGGCGGAUGCUACUUUUCUCCGGGGACCAGCUACACGCAGUAAGUCCAUACAAGAAUCCUAUCUCCUCGGAUCGGCGCAUUGUGCUACAAGGACAUGGGAUCUUCCAGGAAGGAGUCUGGAAGCUCUUUGGAUGA